AUGACUGACGUUAUUGCCGAAUCUGUACUUGAUGAUGAGCAUGGUGACAUAAACAACGAAUUUCAUCAGUACCUCCACAAACAAUAUCGGGAAAAGCGUGUUCGUCCCGAUAUUGCGCAUUCUGCCAACCUGUGUCGCCGGGAGGCAAAACAAUGGACGUCUGGAACCGACCGUGCACCUGACGCUGAGCAUGGUGACGGCAGCGGUCCGUCCGAGGUGACAAAGGAUCCAAACGAAAAACCACAAAAGAAAAGGAAAAAUAAUAGCAGUCCAGAGUAUAUGGAAUACGAAUUAAAAAGAAAAAUAUGCGACGAAAGUCGAUCGGUAUAUAAAAGGAAUGUGCAAGAACGUGAUGCUAUCAAACAAUAUAUUAUCAUAAGUAAUACACUUGAACAACUGCACAACCAAAUAAUCAAAUAUGAAAAUAUAAAACGUGCACAAGACAAUGAUUUGCUUAAAUUUAAAGAAACAGAAAAAAGUUAUGAGACUGAAUUCAACAAAAUUAAACAAAGACGAGCGCAGGAGCAGAAAGAGAGGCAAAAAGAACGCGAAAAAUUUGAAACUAAAAAAGGUAAAAUCGAAGAAGAAAUACAGCAGCAAAAAGAAAAGUAUGACAAGGAGAAAAAAGCGAUGGAUAAACGUCUCGAGAAAUUGAAAAACGAAUUAACUCAAGCAAAACGAGAUUAUGAUAUACAGAAGUUAUUGAACGGAUUUCAAACAGAAAAACUAAAAGUCGAAGAGGAAAUACAGAAGCAUAAAGAAAAGUAUGACAAGGAGGAAAAACUGACCCAACAACGUCUAGAGAAAUUAAAAAAUGAACUAACUGAAGUACAAAGUGACGUACAAAACAAAAUCAAAGAAUUAUAUAACGAUCUGUCUGCAGCUGAAAACCAAGCAAAACAGAAGGAGAAGGAAUUGAUUAUGAAACUACAGGAAGUGAAAACUGAGGUAAAAAGAAUUGAAGAUGAAAAGAAAAAAGAGAUUAACGAAAAAAUUAAAAGUCUUAAACAAAAAGAGAGACAGGAGAGAGAGAGUGUGGAAAAAAGAAUUGAACAAUUGCAAAAUACAUACGAUGGUAAAAAGAUCGAGUUCGAAAACAACAUGCGCAUUUUACAAUGCCAGGAGAAUGAAAUGGAAAAUGAAAUAUAUAACGAAAUACAAAAUUUGAAAGAAUGUCAAGAAAAAAAAGAGGAAGAUAAAAAUAAAAAUAUCGAGGGCUUAAAAAACGCUUUAGCUCAAAGUAUAGAAAAAUUCAACAAAAAUGUACAAAACAUAAAUCAAUGCUUGGCAACGAAGGAUAGUAUAAUAAGAAACGAAAUAGAAAACAAUAAAAAACGUGAAGCUAAGGAACGACUUGAUAUGGAGAACAAAAUUAAAGAUUUAAAAAACCAACUAGCUGAAGCUGAAACUCAAGCUAAGCAGAAUAUUGAGAGAAUGCAACGAGAGGCAGAUGAGAAGGAGAAUGAAUUUUAUAUUAAAAUGCAAGAAUUAAAAGCAAAAGAAAAAGAAAUUAACAAAGAGACUGAGAAGAAAAUUGGUCGUCUAGAAAAGACAUAUCAAGAUGAAAUAAUCACAAUACAACAACACGAAAAAAAUGUGCAAAAGCACUUAGAAUAUAAUAUGCAAAUUUUAAAACAAGAGGAGUUGGAUAGAAAAACAGAGAGCCAGAAUACAAUUCUUGUUUUAAAAAAAAAAUUUGCUACAGUUCGAAACGAACUAAAUAAAACAAUUCAAUUAUUAAAACAAGAUGAAUUAGAAAAGAAGCAGUUAGUAACAGCUGAAAUUAAGCGUUUGCAAGAUAUUGAAGAAGACACAAAGGCUAAAAUUAAAGCAUUGGAACAUCAAUUAGCGAAACUUUCUAAUAAAAUCGAGAAAGAAGAACAAAGAAGUGCCAAGGUAAUAGCUGAACGCCAAAAAGAAAUAGAAACAGCUAUGGAAGCUCAAAAACUUAAAAAAAUUGCCAUGGACCAAAAUAUUACUAAUUUAGAAAUUACACUAAUUAAGCUAAAAUCGGACGUGGAGGAAAGUUGUAAGAUAAAAGAACAAAGAGAGCAAGAAAUACAAACAAUGAAAAACAUUGAAACACAAAAGAAACAAGAGCUACAAAAUAUCAUCAAAACAUUAGAAGAUGAGUUAACUGCAUAUAGAGUUCAAUUCCAUGAAAGCAUUAAGUCGAUGCAAAUGCAAGAAGCUAUAAAAACCAGGGAAGUUCAAACUGAAAUUGAAAGCAUGAGAGAAAGCAAAGCUCAGCAGGAAGAUAUUCACAGGAGGAAUCUGAAAACAUUACAAAUGUCAGUGGACAAUCAAAGGGAACAAUUGCAGAGGGAAAUUGAGGCUUUGCAGCAGAUUGAGGCUGAAAAGACCCACAAGAUAGAAAACGACUUACAAAACCUCCAAGUUACUAAGGAAAGGGUGCGCGCCGAGACCGAAAGCAAUAUCGCUGCGCUACGACAACAUGAAGAGCAGACGAGAAUAGAAAUUGAAAAUGAGAUACAAAACUUCCGAGAACAAGAGAAGAGAGAGCGCGCUCAGAUAAAGAUCAACAUUGCUGCACUUCAAGAAGAUAAAGCGCAGAGACGAAUGGAAAUAGAAAGAGAGAUACAAAGCCUCCGAGAAGAUGAAGAGAGAGUACGUGCCGAAACAGCCAGCAACAUCACUGCACUACAACAACAUGAAGCGCAGAAGAGAAGGGAAAUUGAGAGUGAGAUACAAAUCCUCCGAGAAAAUGAGGCGAGAAUACGCGUCGAGACUAACAGUAACAUCGCUAUUAUGUUGCAGGCUAAAACGAAUGUCCAAAGUAGUAUAGCUCAACUCGAGAAACUUUAUGGUGAGACAAAACAAGCGCACGAAGCAGAUAUUGAGGACUUGAAACGUCAAGAAGCUGAAGAAAGGGCUACUAUUGAGGAGAAUAUUAAAGCGUUGCAAGAUGAGUUGGUUUUGAGAAAAGAAGAAUUUCAUAUCGUCAUAGACUCUCUGCAACGAGACGAGGACAGAAUACAGAGAGAAAUCGAAGCUGAAAUUGAAAAACUGGACGAUGCUGAGACCAACAGGAGAGAAGAACACAAUAAAAUUGUCGAUGAUUUGAAGUUUAAGUUGUGCGAAAAGAAAUCUCAAUUACAGUCUAAAAUUCAAAGUUUACUUGAAAUCGAAGCUAAAACAAAAGAACAGAUAGAGCGGCGCGUACAAGGUCUGGAAAAAGAAUUAGCUAGAAUUCAAGAACAGUUUGUGUCGUUGGGAGAUAUAUAG